UAGGCACGGUGAACAGGACCCGAACGAGAACCAGCUCGAACCGAUCAGGUGCAGGCUCUGCUGGGCGCGAAGUGAUGAACAUUUUAUCCUCCGGACGUGUCAGAAACCAGCAAUCGUAAUCAAUGUUUCAGACAUGCCGCCUCUGGAACCUCAGUAUUGCGAGCGUGCUGGCACUGACCCUUUCCAAUGUGUUUCUCACCGUCCGGCUGCUGCACAGCGGCGACCAGUGCAACCAGUACGGUGGCGGUGGCGGCGGUACCGGCGAGGACGGCGUCUCGAUGGUACCGCGGGCCCCCGUCCUCACGCCGGCCACCUGCCUGGAGUACGUGCUGGCGGACGGGCUGGCGAACGGUACGGAUAAGGCCGUCUUCUCCGGGCUCGAUCUGCGGCUCGGUCGCUGGGACGCGCGGCGGCUGUACAAGAUCUUCGACUACGCCGUCGUCGGCGAGCGGUUCCCGGAGCUGUCGGCCGCGUACACCGUGUGCCUGGCGACGCAGGCCUCGCUGGAGAAGAUCUACUCGCUGGUCCAGGUCGCCCACCACUGGUCCGGUCCGCUGUCGGCCGCCAUCUUCGCCGCCGGCAACGACGAGCUGUACCUGGUGCAGCUCUACCUGUCGUACCUGCGCAGCUGCUUCCGGCCGAUCCGGGAGCGGGUCAGCUUCCACCUCGUCCUGCCGCGGGAGCGGCCCCCGACGCACCUGCAGAGCGUGCACGUGGGCGACUUCACCCGGUUCGAUUGUGCCAAACCGGAGGCGACGCUGAACGAGCUGCUGCGGCAGCGCCGCCCCGACACGAGCAAGUGGCGCAUCAAGAACCCGUACCCGCAGAACCAUCUGCGCAACGUCGCCCGCAAGGGCUGCCAGAGCGGGUACGUGUUCCUCACCGACGUCGACAUCGUGCCGAGCGUCAGCUUCGCCGAGCAGCUGGACCGCUUUCUCCGCCGCCAGAAACCGGGCGGGGCGGGAAACCAACAGCAGCAGCACCACCACCACCACCAGCUGACCGCAUUCGUUGUGCCAACGUACGAGCUGGACGAGCGGGUGCGCUUCCCGCGCAACAAGACUGACCUCAUCCGGCUCGCGAACAAGGGCCUGGCGCGCCCGUUCCACCACAAGGUGUUUAUCUACAACCAGUUCGCGACGAACUUUUCGAGGUGGCAGGCGGAGAUUGCCGAGAACGACGAGACGAAAGUAUCGCACAACGUGACGAACUUCGAGUUUCUGUACGAACCGUUUUAUGUUGCACCCGACACGGUGCCACCCCACGACGAGCGGUUCCUUGGCUACGGCUACACGCGCAACACGCAGGUUUACGAAAUGUUCGUGGCCGGCUACCAGUUCCAGGUGCUGACGCCACUGUUCACCGUCCACUGGGGGCUGCAGAACAAGAAGAGCCGGCCAGCGUGGCGCGAGCGCCAGAACAACGUCAAUCGUAAGUACUUCGAGGUGUUCAAGCGCGAGGUGUUCGCACGCUACCACAAGGACCCGCUGCGGAUGUUGCUGCCGAAGAAAACGGCAAAGCAGCAAGCGGCGGCCGGGGUCGCCGCCGGGCCAGGCGGACCGGGCGGCAAUGCUGGAGCCGGAAAAGCGUGA